UUGUCAAAUUAUUCCGAUCGAUCACCAAACUAUUUCACUAAAAACUCUUUUUUUCCUCCUCACUUCCAGAACCCAACAACCACCGGACAACAACUGCCCAAUCCCGGAGAAUCCGUCGACGGAGCAGCAGAAGCAACCGUCGCCGCCGCCGCUUUUGACACUACCACGACCGGAGAGAAUCGUCAACCGACAACCGAAGCGGGCCAAGUCACGGAUGCAACUGACCACGCCACGGCCGCGGAAAAGUGUUUUUCGCACCCAGCGCGGAAACUACAACCAAACGGGGGAAAGGGAGGAAAAGUGCCGCGGAAAAGUCGCGAUUCUUCUGCUACUGGUGCUGGGACCACCCCCGUCCAAGGUGUUGAUGCGAAUCGGCGUCCCCGUGACUGUGUGGGUGACAGUCAGAGCAGCGAUUCUGGGAAAAUCUCGGCCGGGAUCGGUGCGGGUGGCCGCAAGAAGGAGGGUGGCGGGGUUGAUUUGGAACUUUGUGGUGGAAACGGGAGUUGUUUGUCUAAUUUGGAAGCUCUGGAAGGGUUGUCCUCGGAUGGAGGUGGUGGGGGUCAAGGCCAAGUUGCUGGGAAAGCGAAGGGACAGAGGAGUUUGCUGGAGGAGCGAAAGAAACGAUCCCAGCGACUUCCCCGCCAGCAGCAGCCCCAACCCACCCAGCACAAGAUCAACUACUCCCACAACCUGCAAUAUCUGGAAAUUGUGUCGCUGUCCGAUGGCACCACCGCCAACAACGGCCCUGCCGUGGCCACCGCCAGACGGCUCGUCCCCGAGGUCCAGUCGCACCUGAAUCUCGCCGAGGAGGUGGCAAAUCACGAACGUCGCCAACGGAGGGACGAAUUCUUUGCCCAACUCCGCAAGCAAGUGAGCCGCGACCGGCGCAAAACGAUCCACCGGAUGGCCACCAGUCCGGUGUACGUAAAUGGGAACUUUGAACGGCCCUGGCAGACGGUUUCGCGCGUGUCAGACCAGCUCAUUGAGGAACUAAUUGCGGACACCGCCCAGGACGGGGCUCUGGACUUUGGCGAGCGGUCUUUUGUGGAGGAUUUUUUGCGGCUGCAACUUGGGGGGUGAACGUAUGGUGACGGGGGAUGAGUAGAUUUUUGAAUGUUUAUUUUAGAAGUGAUUUUUUUCUUCUCUAGA